AUGGUGGUAUUUUCUGCCUUGGUACUGGUGUUUCUACCUCAGCUGGCCUGCAAGGUUCCUCCUGCCAAGUGUUCCAUGGGUGACCCUAUUCCUAUUUUUCACAAGGCUUUUCAGUCAGGGGACCUCCUUUUUGCUGGCAUUAUUUCUCAGAUUUACAUCUUUUCUGACCUCAUAACUUUUGAAAGACAUCCCUCUCAGGAACUUAUUGAUGAUAUCAUCUAUUUCAGCACAAGCAGGACCUAUCAAGCUUCGGUGGCACUUCUCUCGACUAGGGGAAGGUUCAUUCCUAACUACAAGUGUGAUAUCCAGAACAAUCUGAUAGCAGUCAUAGGAGGACCUAGCUCUGAUAUAGAUCUCCACAUGACAAAUGUUUUGAGCACCUACAAGGUUCCACAGCUGACAUAUGGAUCUGCUUCGGUGCUGACUGAGAAAAACCAAGUUCCUUUCUUCCUUUGGAUGUUCCCAAAUGGGGCCCAUCAAUAUAAGGGAAUACUCCACUUACUCCUGUAUUUCAGAUGGAUGUGGAUUGGGGUGUUUUACUUGGAUCUUGAAAGUUCAGAUCAGUUCAUACAGAUUGGCCUUCCCUCUUUCUCCCAAAAUGGUAUCUGCUUUGAUUUUAUCCAGAUGUUGCCAGCAAUUACUUUUUCUUCUGAGAUCAAUGAAGCUGUGGAAAAGGGGAUACAAAUGUACAAGACUGCUAUGCAAAGCUCUGCUACUGCAUUGGUCAUUCAUGGUGAAAUUCAGACAAUAAUCACCUUGAGGACGGUACACCAGUUUGCAAAAUGUGAGGAUGUGCCAAUUAAAACAAAAGGCAAAGUCUGGAUUAUGACAGCCCAAAUGGAUUUCACAUCACUUCCCUUCCAAAGAAACUGGGACACAGACGUCAUCAUUCAUGGGGCCUUAUCGUUUGCACUUCACUCAGAGGAGGUGUUUGGAUUCUACAGAUUUCUUCAGAUGAGAAAUCCUACUUUGGAGAUAGCAGAUGGUUUCAUUAAGGCCUUCUGGCAAAAGGCAUUUCAAUGUUCAUUCAACGAUUCCACAGCAGUAAGCAAAGAUGGGGAAAUCUGCUCUGGAGAGGAGAAGUUGGAGACUCUUCCUGCAACUCUCUUUGAAAUGAGGAUGACGGGCCAUAGCUACAGCAUCUACAAUGCUGUCUAUUCGGUGGCUCAUGCCUUGCAUGACAUGCACACGUCCCACUUCAGAUAUAGAGCAAUGGCUGACGGAGGAAGAAGGCAUCUUCCAAAUGAGCAGUUGUGGCAGCUUCAUAAAUUUCUGAGAGCUGUCUCCUUUAACAACAGCGUUGAAGAACAGGUUUGCUUUGACCAAAAUGGGGAAUUAAUAGGUGGAUUUGAUGUUCUAAACUGGGUUACAUUCCCAAAUCAGUCCUUCUUUAGAAGCAAAGUUGGAAGGAUAGACCCAAAAAUUCACUCCGAGAAGCUGUUCACCAUUCAUGAGGAUGCCAUUGUAUGGCCCAGCAUGUUCAACCAGACACGACCUCUUUCUCAGUGCAAUGACAACUGUCAUUCCGGUUAUAGUAGGAGAAAGAAGGAGGGGAAGCCAUUUUGUUGCUAUGAUUGCCUUCCAUGUCCAGAAGGGAAGAUUUCAAAUAAGAAGGAUAUGGAUGACUGUUUUCAAUGUGCAGAAGAUCAUUUUCCAAACCCUGAGCAGAACUUGUGCCUUCCAAAAGAUAUAAGCUUCUUGUCUUAUGAAGAACCUUUGGGAAUCAGCCUGACCAUUUUUGCCCUUGCCUUUUCUUUCAUCACAACAUUUGUGCUUGGGAUCUUCAUUAAGAACCAAGACACUCCCAUUGUCAAAGCUAACAACCGAAACCUCACUUACACACUUCUCGUCUUCCUUCUGUUCUCCUUCCUAUGUGUGUUUUUAUUCAUCGGACAACCUGAGAAGCUGACCUGUCUCCUUCGACAGAUGACUUUUGGCAUCAUCUUCUCUGCAGCUCUUUCCUGUGUGUUGGCCAAAACCAUCAUCGUGAUUAUUGCUUUCAUGGCCACCAAGCCUGGGUCUAGAAAAUGGGUGGGGAAUCAACUGGCCAUCUUCAUUGUUCUUUUUAGCUUUGUUAUUCAAGCCAUCCUAUGCACCAUCUGGCUGGCAAAAUAUCCACCAUUCCCAGAUGUUGACAUGCACUCAAUGACUGAAGCAAUUGUCCUGCAAUGUAAUGAAGGGUCUGUCACCAUGUUUUAUUGUGUCUUGGGCUUCCUGGGCUCCCUGGCCAUUGUCAGCUUCACUGUGGCUUUCCUGGCCAGGAAGUUACCUGACACUUUUAAUGAAGCCAAAUUCAUUACUUUCAGCAUGCUGGUCUUUUGCAGUGUUUGGGUGUCCUUUGUUCCAACCUAUUUGAGCACCAAGGGAAAAUACACGGUGGCUGUGGAGAUUUUCUCUAUUUUGACCUCCAGUGCAGGGUUACUAGGCUUUAUCUUUUCCCCCAAAUGUUACAUCAUUUUGCUGAGACCAGACUUGAACAGCAGGAGACAGUUGCUAUGGGGAAAACAUUCAACUACAACUUAA